UUGGAAAUUUGCACAUUAUAUAUAAUUUUAAAUCUAAAUAUUGCUGUGCAUACUAUCAACAAUGCUCAGGAUAUUCUUGAUUCCAGUCAACAUAGUAACAUCCUAGGGCAAUCAAAUAUGGUAGAUCAAUAUAUGAUUGAACUAAUAUUCGGUUAGAUCAGUUACACACAUCAUGUACAAACUUGUUAUCUUUACGGAUGACAAUGAACUGGCUGUUGUGCCAUCCAAUUGGCUGGAUGGCACAGGGUUUUGUCUUUGGCCUCCAUUCAAGUCUACCACUAAGUUGUCAAAGGCCGUACAAAUUCAACAAUGUGCCUGUGACUCUUGGAAGGCUUACCCAAUCUGUUUGCUGCCUGGUGGUGAAUCUGGUAAGUUACAUUUAUCAUACAAUAAUAAUAUAGACAAUUAUGAACGGGCCCGAGAAAAGCUUCGACUAGCGGAAGAUACGUCGGACCUACAAACCGCAGACUCAGAAGAAGAUGAAAAUACAACUAGACAUUCGAAAAGGAGAAAAAGGUACGUUACAUGA